GUAGCGUGGAAAUGUUCGUUUACGCGCGUAAAUCCUGCAAACAAUAACCUUUUUAUCAAUAAAAAAUUGGAAGAGAAGUUUUUUAUAGAAUUUGUCGAACAAUUGAGAUUCUUUUAUCUUUACAAUGCCAGUAAUAGAACGUUAUUCCGAUAAAUUUCCUUUAGAAAAAAAUAAUUGUGUUCCGUCUUUCGAAAGAAAAGCUAUCGAACACAAAGAUCUAAGUGUCAGUUUUGUACCGAAAUCUAAAGAUUUUUCUAAACAAUUCUUCCAUGUGUAUUUGAGUAGGCUUCAAAAAUUGCGACCUAUUCUAGCUGAAAAAGCUUCGAAAAAAUGGAAUAAUGUUCAAAUAUUGAAACUGCCAGAGCUAGAAAAUUUUGAAAAUCAACAAUGUAUUGUUAUUGGAACCUUAUUUAAACAUCAAAUGUGGAAACCAUCAAUUCUUCGUGAUUUAAAUGAAGAAACUCAAGACUCAACCAACAUUCCAGAGAAACGUACUUGUUAUGAUAGUGAAAAAGAUGUGGCAUACCUGGAGGAUGAAAUCCUGCGAAUUAAGAUUAUUGGUGAUAAAGUAAAUAUUUCUGAAAUCGUGACUGGAGUUGUAUGUGCAGUAUUAGGAAAAACAACAAGCGAUGGAUCAUUUGAAGUGGAAGACUGGUGCUUUCCAGGGUGUCCAUUACAGCAAAAUGAACUUACUCCAUUACCAGGAAAGCUUUUAUUGCUUUCUAGUCUCGAUUUUGCUACGAAUACGAAUACUCUAUCCAUUGAACUAUUGAUUGAAUGGUUGAGUGGAAUGGCAGGAACAGUAGAUGCUCAAGAAAAUGCUGCAUCGGUCGUAAAUCUUUUAAUAGCUGGAAAUAGUAUUAAAUCUGCGGAAGAUGAUAUUCGAAUAAGUAAAGGAUUAAUGGAAGCUAGAGCACAAGAGACGGCAAUAGCACGAGAAAUAUCAGCGGCAGUAACUCAACUGGAUAAAUUUUUAAGCCAAUUGGGAAAUGAUUGUUGUAUUACUUUAAUGCCUGGUCAAUAUGAUCCGACGAAUGUAAUGGUACCUCAAAAACCGAUUCAUCCUUUGAUGUUACGAGAAUCCCGUAAAUUCGAAAACAUCAAGGGUGUCGGUAAUCCAUGGAUGGGAAUGAUUGGAAAUCGAUUCGUUUGUGGAUCAAGUGGUCAGCCAAUUGAAGAUAUUUUACGAGUGAGUGGAGAAACUGAAGUCACCCCUAUCGAAUGGCUUGAAAGGACUCUUAAUUGGCGUCAAUUCUGUCCUACUGCACCGGACACUCUUCCAUCACAUCCCUACAAUGAAGAAGACCUUUUAGUUAUGCAUGAAUGCCCAGACAUUUAUUUCGUGGGAAAUAUGCAACGAUUCGAAACUAAAUUAUUUAAAGGUCCUGAAGGACAAACGGUCAGACUUGUAUGUAUUCCCAAGUUCUCUAAAACUUCUACAGCUGUUCUUGUAGAUUUGAAUACUCUUAGUGUUACACCAAUAUCAUUUGGAGUUACUCAGUAAUAUUUCAUUGUAAUGUUAAUGUGCUUUAUAUACGAAAUAUAUUUUUACACAUUUUAAAAUAAAAA